AUGGAGGGAUGUCUUGGUUCCCAGGAGGAGACAGGCUUGGUCUGGAUCAGGCUUGGUAAUGGAGGACAGUCUCUCUCUUUCAUCCCUCUAAUAAUCCCUAGUUUCUGGCCAUGUUUACGUUAGCACAUUUUCCCAAUAGUGCCGGAGGAGACUGACCUCAUGAGAACAUUGAAUGACUCACUCUUUUCUUUCUUUUUUUUCAUCCAUCCAUCCCUCCUACUUCUAACCAGGAUGUACUGUGGGACAUGGGAAGAGUCUAAGCAUCCCUUCUCUGCAUGUCCUUUUUUGGAAAAUAGAGUUUUACAGAGAUGUGCUUUACGUAUGAUCACUGUCCUCUAUAUUUUCCAUACCAUACCAUACGAUGUCCGUGCCUAAUUAGCAUAAUAACAAAAUCCCCAUAAAAAUCUGUCAGUUAAAGCUACAGAUAUCAGUUUUUGCAUUGGAUGCGUCUCAAUCCACCGCAUCUGCCUAUGUCGCACAUAUGCAUCUGCGGUGAAAGGUCACAGAGCUAGAGCGGUGUUUGUCAGACCAUGAGACAUCCCAAAAUUGGUGUUCUCACAAAAUCAUCUGUAGCAUCCGAACGGUUUGGCCUACAAACUAUUAUGGAUGACUAUAGAACACAAUGGUUUUCUCCAUUUUGCUCUAUGACCCCCACAAGCAUCUUGGGACUCGUCUGAAGUUGCUACAGCCGAUCUGUCUGUAGAAUCUGAACAGUUUGGGCUACACACUAAUAUGACCCCUCUGUGGAAAGGUGUGACAUGUUGGUUGUUUUGCUCUAGGAUACCUUUGCACACUCUUGGCAUUCUCUCAACCAGCUUCAUGAGGUAGUCACCUGGAAUGCAUUUCAAUUAACAGGUGUGCCUUGUUAAAAGUUAAUUUGUGGAAUUUAUUUCCUUCUUAAUGUGUUUGAGCCAAUCAGUUGUGUUGUGACAAGGUAGGGGUGGUAUACAGAAGAUAGCCCUAUUUGGUAAAACACCAAGUCCAUAUUAUGGCAAGAACAGCUCAAAUAAGCAAAGAGAAACGGCAGUCUAUCAUUACUUUAAGACAUGAAGAUCAGUCAAUGCAGAAAAUUUGAAGAACUUUUAAAGUUUCUUCAAGUGCGGUCGCAGAAACCAUCAAGCGCUCUGAUGAAACUGGCUCUUAUGUGGACCACCACAGGAAAGGAAGACACAUAGUUACCUCUGCUGCAGAGGAUAAGUUCAUUAGAGUUAACUGCAUCUCAGAUUGUGCCCAAAUAAAUGCUUCACAGAGUUCAAGUAACAGACACAUCUCAACAUCAACUGUUCAGAGGAGACUACGUGAAUCAGGCCUUCAUGGUCGAAUUGCUGCAAAGAAACCACUACUAAAGGACAUCAAUAAGAAUAAGAGACUUGCUAGGGCCAAGAAACACAAGCAAUGGAAAUCUGUCCUUGUCACGCUCAUUGAAUACAGGAUUGGACCAAUGUGCAGCGUGGAAUGCAUACAUGUUUAUUCGCUAAGUUAACACACGACAAAACAACAAAAGCAACGUAACGUGAAGCUCACAAUGGCUACACACAAACAAGCCAAACAAGAGUCAAGAUCCCACAACAUAGGUAGGCAAAAUGGGUACCUAAGUAUGAUCCCCAAUCAGAGACAACGAUCAAAAGCUGCCUCUGAUUGGGAACCACACCUGGCCAACAUAGAUCUACAAACAUAGAAUGUACACAUAGAAAUUCACAUACAUAGAUAUUCACACCCUGACCAAACCAACUAGCGAACUUAACAGGGGAGGGUCCGGGUGGGCAUCUAGCCUCGGUGGCGGCUCCGGCUCCGGGCAUGACGUCCUCUCCCUUACUGCCUCCCCGUUGCACCCCUGGUCCGGUCUGGUCCUCAGCGCGAUGCUUCCCCUCUCAGUCCUCCCACGAUGCACCAAGCCCUGUCUGGACCCUGAUGUGGGAGGCCCCGACCCUGGAGAGGGUUUGACGUCUGGUUCUGGAGUGGAGCCGCUGACCGGAGCUGAACUGGAUCCCAGUGGAGCGGACUGCUCUGGCUCUGGACUGGAGCAGCUGACCGGGGCUGGACUAGGCACCGGUAGAGUGGACUGCUCUGGCACUGGAGUGGAGCAGCUGACCGGAGCUGGACUGGGCACCGGUGGAGCGGACUGCUCUGGCACUGGAGUGGAGCAGCUGACCUGAGCUGGACUAGGCACUGGUAGAGCGGACUGCUCUGGCACUGGAGUAGAACCGCUGACCGGAGCUAGACCAGGCACCGGUGGAGCGGACUGCUCUGGCACCAGCCGUACCGGGCUGGGGACACGCACCACUGGUCUGGUGCGAGGAACAGGCAUGGGCCGCACCGGGCUGGGAACACGCACCACUGGUCUGGUGUGAGGAGCAGGCACGAGCCAUGCCGGACUGGAGACACGCACCACUGGUUUGGUGCGAGGAGCAGGCACGGGCCGUGCCGGACUGGGAACACGCACCACUGGUCUGGUGCGAGGAGCAGGCACGGGCUGUGCCGAACUGGAGACACGCACCACUGGUUUGGUGCGAGGAGCAGGCACGGGCCGUGCCGGACUGGGAACACGCACCACUGGUCUGGUGCGAGGAGCAGGCACGGGCUGUGCCGAACUGGAGACACGCACAAACUGGUCUGGUGCGAGGAGCAGGCACGGGCCGUGCCGGACUGGGAACACGCACCACUGGUCUGGUGCGAGGAGCAGGUACGGGCCGUACCGGACUGGAUACACGCACCACUGGUUUGGUGCGGGGAACAGGUACGGGCCGUACCGGGCUAGCGACAUGCACCGCUGGUUUGGUGCGAGGAUUAGGCACGGGCCGUACCGGACAGGAUACACGCACCACUGGAUUGGUGCGGGGAGCAGGUACGGGGCGUACCGGGCUAGCGACACGCACCACUGGCUUGGUGCGGGGAGCAGGUAUGGGCCGUACCGGACUGGAUACACGCACCACUGGUUUGGUGCGGGGAGCAGGCACGGGACGUACCAGGCUGGGGAGGCACACUGGUGACACAGUGCGUAGAACCGGAGCAGGAUAUACUGGACCGUGGAGGCGUACUGGAGGUCUGGAGUGUAAAGCUGGCACAACUCAUCCUGGCUGGAUGCCCACUUUCGCACGGUACGUGCGGGGCAUUGGCACAGGACGCACUGGGCUGUGAAGGCGCACUGGCGACACAGUGCGUAUCUCCGCAUAACUGGGUUCCUCAAUGAAAACACGCUCCUUCUGUUGCCUGGCCAGCUCCUCUCUCCGUGCAUCCACUAAUUCCUUCUCCCUUUGGGCCUCCUGCAGCGCCUCCUUCUGAAGUGAGAGCUCCUGCUCCCUCUUCUCUAACAGCCCCCGUAAUGUGGUGGCCUCCUCUCUCAUACUGCUGAUCCGCAGGUCUUGGAGGACCUCUCAAUAGCGGCCUCCUCCUCCACAGUCAGCCCUUUCACGGACUCCUGCUGCUUCAUCGAGUACACUGUGUGCCCCCCCCCCCCCCCCCCCCCCCAAAAAAAAAAAAGAAUAUUGGUGUUGCCUCUCAGGUCUCCUUCGUCGUUUCGCAUUUUGGAGUCGCAGUCUUUUCUCCCUCGCUGCCUCUGUUUGCUCCCAAGGAAGGCGAUCCAUACCAUCCUGGAUCUCUUCCCACGUCCAUGAUCCUUUUCCUUCCAGUAUCUCCUCCCAUGUCCAGGCUCUUUGCUUUUCCUGGGCACGCUGCUUGGUCCGUUGGUGGUGGGAUCUUCUGUCACGCUCGUUGAAUACAGGAUUGGACCAAGGUGCAGCAUGGAAUGCAUACAUGUUUAUUCGCUAAGUUAACACACGACAAAACAACAAAAGCAACGUAAUGUGAAGCUCACAAUGGCUACACACAAACAAGCCAAACAAGAGUCAAGAUCCCACAACAUAGGUAGGCAAAAUGGCUACCUAAGUAUGAUCCCCAAUCAGAGACAACGAUCGACAGCUGCCUCUGAUUGGGAACCACACCCAGUCAACAUAGAUCUACAAACAUAGAAUGUACACAUAGAAAUUCACAUACAUAGAUAUUCACACCCUGACCAAACCAACUAGCAAACUCUAUGUCAGGGCGUGACAGUCCUUUGGUCUGAUGAGUCCAAAUUUGAGAUUUUUGGUUCCAUCCGCCGUGUCUUCGUGAGACACAGAGUAGGUGAACGGAUGAUCUCCGCAUUUAUGGUUCCCACUGUAAAAUAUGAGUUGUUUAUCAAUUCGAAGGACCAAUAAAAAAGGGAUAAAAAACGUAGGUGCUGGAUUUUAGGCCGGUAGCAACCACCACAGAAAGUCAGUUCAGAGCACGAGGAAGCAGUAGUUCCAGUUCAAGGUUUAAUGAAGAUCCACAUACACACAUACAACACCACUCUCUCUGAUACUAAUUGUGGUUCUUAAUUAAUAGGCUAUAGCUCCUCACGACGCAGGAAGCGAGUCACUCAACCUCCGUAAACCCACUUUAGAAACCAGGGAUGGAUAAAGUAUCUUACCCCCCCCCCCCCCCACCCCCAAAAAAAAAAAAAAAAAAAAAAUGUAAAGGGUAUCCCCUAUAUAGGUCACCUAGUAGUCGCCGGUAGAGGUCUGAAAAACGUAAAUGACUAUUUGCAUGUCAACAACUAAACAGGCUAUGUGGAACCCCAAACCCAUGAUAGAUGGCACAAAGAAACAAUAGAGGCACUGUAAGAAUAUCUACACAUCAUAAUACAAAACAUAAUAAGCAUUGAGCGAUCUACAAAACCAAAAAUAGCCUAGCACACCACCAACAACCAAUGCUAAUCGCUAUAAGCAUGCUAAUAGUAAAUGCAUUCUUGGAUGAGGCAAGGCGAAUUCUAAAUGCUAAAUGCUAAUGCAAGCUAGCUAGCUAACAAGUUAAACCACAAAUGGUACGAUUUACAACAAGACCACUAUUUAGCUCCCAAACCAACAAGACAGCAGGAUUUUGGCACUUACAUUUAGCUGUACGCACAAUAAACAUCAGAAAGAAAAGCAAUUUCUUCUAAGGAGGUAGAAUAAGCAGGAGAGAAAAACAGGUUGGUCAUCAGAAUGGAAACUACAGACUGCCUGAGUCCCUGCCUGGUCGGGUAUUACAUUAAGGCUCCUGAUUGGCUAAUAAAAUUCUGAUGAUUGGCAUGACCUAAAUCCAAUAGGAAAACCAAAAGAAAGUUGGGGUUCUUGGAAAGGAGAUGAGCUGGCCAUUUUUACACCCACCAUGACGCAUGGAGGAGGAGGUGUGAUGGUGUGGGGGUGCUUUGCUGGUGACACUGUCGAUGAUUUAUUUAGAAUUCAAGGCACACUUAACCAGCAUGGCUACCACAGCAUUCUGCAGCAAUACGCCAUCCCAUAUGGUUUGCGCUUAGUGGGACAAUCAUUUGUUUUUCAACAGGACAAUGACUCAAAACACACCUCCAGUCUGUGUAAGGGCUAUUCGACCAAGAAAGAGAGUGAUGGAGUGCUGCAUCAGAUGACCUGGCCUCCACAUUUACAUUUUAGUCAUUUAUCCAGAGCGACUUACAGUUAGUGAGUACAUAUAUUUUCAUACUUCUUCAUACUGGCCCCCCGUGUGAAUCAAACCCACAACCCUGGCUUUGCAAACACCAUGCUCUACCAACUGAGCUACAUGGGACAUUCACCCGACCUCAACCCAAUUGAGAUGGUUUGGGAUGAGUUGGACCGCAGAGUGAAGGAAAAGCAGCCAACAAGUGCACAGCAUAUGUGGGAACUCCUUCAAGACUGUUUGAAAAGCAUUCCUCAUGAAGCUGGUUAAAUGAAUGCCAAGAGUGUGCAAAGCUGUCUUCAAGGCAAAGGGUGGCUAAUAUAAAAUAUAUUUUGAUUUGUUUAACACUUUUGUGGUUACUACAUGAUUACAUAUGUGUUAUUUCAUAGUUUUGAAGUCUUCGCUAUUAUUCACAAAUGUAGAAAAUAUAAAAAAUGUAGAAAAACCCUUGAAUGAGUAGGUGUGUCCAAACUUUUGACUGGUACUGUAUAUAUGGACACUGUUUAGUGCCAAAAAUAAGGGUUUAAAUACAUGAAAAAAAAAGAAAAAAAAAAUCGAUUAUUUCUCAUAUCUCUCCUGAUAUAGGACAGACACAGUACAACAAACUUCCAUUUUGAUUUUUUUAAGGGACUAUCUUUUGUUCCAUGUAGUGAAUCUGUUAUUCAAUGUGUUUGUUUGGGAUAAGGCCCCAACAUUUUUUUCAUCAGAUAUUUAUUUUGUAUAUUAAUUUUUUAUACUUCAAGGGGUCUUACAAUUCUAAAUCAAAUAGCAAAAUGAUCCUUGGUAUGGCCUUCUUAAAACAAUUCCAUAUAGCUUAGUAGAACCCCCUCCCCCGGCAUAGACAGGGCUUGGACUCUUAUGGGUUAAUUGGUUAUAAUAUGGAUGAGCUAUAGUACUGUGGACCAGCCAGCGCCACAGCUGUCUUUCCCUUAGUCAAGUAAGGCUGUAGUGUUUAUUCAUCAUCAAUAGUGAUCAGGGAUAUUAUGUAUCCCGUAGACAUGUACAGUGCAUUCGGAAAGUAUUCAGACACCUUUACUUUUUCAAAAUGUUGUUACGUUACAGCCUUAUUCUAAAAUUGACCCCCCCCCCCCCCCCCCCCCCCCCCCAAAAAAAAAUAAUAAAAAAAUCCCAUCAAUCUAUAAACACAAUACCACACAAUGACAAAGCGAAAACUGGUUUUUAGGAAUUUUUGCACAUUUAUAAAAAAAUAAAACAUAAAUACUUUAUUUACGUAAGUAUUCAGACCCUUUGCUAUGAGACUCGAAAUUGAGCUCAGGUGCAUGCUUUUCCCUUUGAUCAUCCUUGAGAUAUUUCUACAACUUGAUUGGAGUCCACCUGUGGUAAAUUCAAUUGAUUGAACAUGAUUUGGAAAGGCACACACCUGUCUAUAUAAGGUCCCACAGUUAACAAUGCAUGUCAGAGCAAAAACCAAGCCAUGAGGUUGAAGGAAUUGUCCAUAGAGCUCCGAAACAAGAUUGUGUCGAGGCACAGAUCUGGGGAAGGGUACCAAAAAAUUCUGCAGCAUUGAAGAUCCCCAAGAACACAGUGGCCUCCAUCAUUCUUAAAUGGAAGAAGUUUGGAACCAGCAAAACUCUUCCUAGAGCUGUCCACCCGGCCAAACUGAGCAAUCGAGGUGACCAAGAACCCGAUGGUCACUCUGACAGAGCUCCAGAGUUCCUCUGUGGAGAUGGUAGAAACUUCCAGAAGGACAACCAUUUCUGCAGCGCUCCACCAAUCAGGCCGUUAUGGUAGAGUGGCCAGACGGAAGCCACUCCUCAGUAAAAGGCACAUGACAGCACGCUUGGAGUUUGCCAAAAGGCACCUAAAAGACUCUCAGACCAUUAUUGAACUCUUUGGCCUAAAUGCCAAGCGUCACGUCUGGAGGAAACCUGGCACCAUCCAUAUGGUGAAGCAUGGUGGUGGCAGCAUCAUGCUGUGGGGAUGUUUUUCAGCAGCAGGGACUGGGAGACUAGUCAGGAUCGAGGGAAAGAUGAACAGAGCAAAGUACAGAGAGAUCCUUGAUGAAAACAUGCUCCAGAGCACUCAGGACCUCAGACUGUGGUGACCUUCCAACAGGACAACGACCCUAAGUACACAGCCAAGACAACACAGGAGUGGCUUCAGGACAAGUAUCUGAAUGUCCUUGAGAGGCCCAGCCAGAGCCCGGACUUGAACCUGAUAUAACAUCUCUGGAGAGACCUGAAAAUGGCUGUGCAGCGACACUCCCCAUCCAAACUGACAGAACUUGAGAGGAUCUUUGGGAGAAACUCCCCAAAUCCAGGUGUGCCAAGCUUGUAGCGUCAUACCCAAGAAGACUCAAUGCUGUAAUUGCUGCCAAAGGAGCUUCAACAAAGUACUGAGUAAAGGGUCUGAAUACUUAAAUAAAUGUGAUAUUUCAGUUUUUUUUAUUUAAUACAUUUGCAAAAAUUUCAAAAAACCUGUUUUUUUAAUUUUUAAUACAUUUAAGAAUAAGGCUGUAACGUAACAAAAUGUUGAAAAGGUCAAGGGGUGUGAAUAAUUUCCGAAUGCACUGUACCUUUAAUCUCUAUUCUUUAAUGUCUAUAAUAAAUCCUUGCAAAACAUCUGCAUCAACUAGAUUAUACCGAAGACUGUGUGGGUGUCUGUGUGUGUUUGGGGUGGACGAUAACCCCCCCCCCCCCCCCCUCUCUCUCUCUCUCUCUCUCUCUCUUUCUCUGUUUAACCAUGGCACGUAUUCACAAAGCGUCUCAGAGUGCUGAUGUAGGAUCAGGUCACCCCUGUCCAUAUGAUCUCAUUCAUUGUGAUUAAAAAAGGCUAAACUGAUCCUAGAUCAGCACUCCUGAGACGCUUUGUGAACUGGACCAGUCCUCUGAGGCGCUUCCGCUCCCAAACCCCUGUGUGCUCCUAGUCCCCCUGAUCCCUGAUGAUUAGUUAUUAUUAGGAGGGGGGGGGGGGGGACAUUCUGACCAUGUCUCUGGGGGACGCUGUCCUGUCCACAAUGGGAGUAGACACUGUAAAUCCACCAUGGACUGAGUGUACACACACACACAAACACACACAUGCACAGAUACACAUACACACGCACACAUACAAACAUACACACACAUGCACAGACACGCACUCUAAUACACACGUACACACACACACACACACACACACACACAAACACACAUGCACAGAUACACUCUUAGGAAAAAAAGGUGCUAUCUAGAACCUAAAAGGGUUCUUCGGCUGUCCCCUUAGGAGAACCCUUUGAAGAACCCUUUUUGGUUCCAGGUAGAACCCUUUUGAGAGGGUUCUAAAUGGAACCCAAAAGAGUUCUACAUGGAACCAAAAAAGGUUCUAUCUGGAGCCAAAAAGGGUUCUCCUAUGGGGAUAGCUGAAGAACCCUUUUGGAACCCUUUCUUCUAAGAGUGUACACACACACACACACACACACACACACACACAGGCUGUACUCCAAAAACAAUUCCAUGCAGUUACGUGCCCCCCACAAGUCCCACUUCAGACCGCUUUCUCAUAACACAUUAUUUUCUUCUCACACUCAGGUCGGAGGGCUAAAUCUGACUAAGCGAUGGUGUAUUAUGGGAAUAGGUUUCUACUUCAGAUUGUAGUGGAGGUGGAUGGGGGACCUUACCACUGUAGUCCCUUGGCUUGGUUGUCUUUGAUAUCCUCUCUGGUGGACAGUGUUGACGUGUGGAAGGGGAAAGUUUAGAGAGGAGUGAGGCCUUUCAGCAGGAGUGGAAGAGCACAGGGCAGAUAACCAGUGGUACAGCAAAACCUUUACCUUAGAAAGAGCCCGCUAAGAGUUGAGGCACACCCAGUCACUCUUUCCAUGAGAACUUUCUACUGUUCUAUGUACGCAAGCAAGUCACCUUGUCCUAGAGAGAUUUAAACGGAUAUCAAAAUGUCACACCAGGAUAAGCCUACACGAAACACAGCCCUUAUUUAGUAUUUCUGAAAUACCCUAUGGGAAAAAAUGAAUGGUGGAAAAACAAUUGGAACCAUUUCCCUGUUUGACUGCUAGGUGUUAUGGGUAUUAUGACUCAUACUGUGGUACUCUAUAGUGUAGUGGAGGAUAAAAAGACCUGUGUGCCUAUGGAUUUGAGCUAUGUAGUCAAUCUGUGUAUGGACCCUAAAACGUUUACAUAUUAGUUCAGAACACUGGUUUUAAUUGCUUCUACUGGUUAAUCAUUAAUCCCCAAGAAAUUAUAGAAAAUAACUGAGUGAAGGAAAUGCGACUGUUACAUGUCAAACUGCUCUUAUGGAAUCAAUCCUGCUUCACUACUACUCCACAUUGAACCACAGUCAGAGGAUGGGUACAUUACGGGCACAUUGUUGUUUUGAAGUUCAAAUUUGUUGCUCAUGUAGUAUGUAUGUAUUAGUUGCAUGAGGAAUAUAAGGUAAGCUAUUACUGAUGCCAAUACAGACAUUGUGAAAAACACUAGGCUCAUAGUCAAUUCAUUGCGUGGUAGGCUAUCUUUUGGUGGCUUCUGUUGUGCAGGAGUGAUGUAGUGAUGUCCUAUUUCCUAGGGUUACAUAUCUCUCCCUACCGCUAGUUGCUCCGUUUUCUAUACAUUUGAGGCUACUAAGCCCAUUAAACUGGUCCGCAACAUUCUUGAUAUGUUUAGCAAGCUCAGACUCCAUGUCAUCAGAUAAGACCUUGUGUGACUCUGCUACUCUAUCAUAGCUUCUCUUCCAGACAGGUACAUGUUUGUUUUAUUUUUUGUCAAUGUACCUCUUUAAUGUCGUUAAGUCUAUUUUUCGUCCCUUGCUGCUGCUCAAAUGGAUGUAUAGCCUUUCCUCACUUCAUUGGCUGCUCUCUCAAGAAGCUCAAGGGGGACUAGACCUCUGCUUGUUUUACGUACAGUGAGGGAAAAAAGUAUUUGAUCCCCUGCUGAUUUUGUACGUUUGCCCACUGACAAAGACAUGAUCAGUCAAUAAUUUUAAUGGUAGGUUUAUUUGAACAGUGAGAGACAGAAUAACAACAAAAUAAUCCAGAAAAACGCAUGUCAAAAAUGUUAUAAAUUGAUUUGCAUUUUAAUGAGGGAAAUAAGUAUUUGACCCCUCUGCAAAACAUGACUUAGUACUUGGUGGCAAUAACCUUGUUGGCAAUCACAGAGGUCAGACGUUUCUUGUAGUUGGCCACCAGGUUUGCACACAUCUCAGGAGGGAUUUUGUUCCACUCCUCUUUGCAGAUCUUCUCCAAGUCAUUAAGGUUUCGAGGCUGACGUUUGGCAACUGGAACCUUCAGCUCCCUCCACAUAUUUCCUAUGGGAUUAAGGUCUGGAGACUGGCUAGGCCACUCCAGGACCUUAAUGUGCUUCUUCUUGAGCCACUCCUUUGUUGCCUUGGCCAUGUGUUUUGGGUCAUUGUCAUGCUGGAAUACCCAUCCACGACCCAUUUUCAAUGCCCUGGCUGUGGGAAGGAGGGCUUCACCCAAGAAUUGAUGGUACAUGGCCCCGUCCAUCGUCCCUUUGAUGCGGUGAAGUUGUUCUGUCCCCUUAGCAGAAAAACACCCCCAAAGCAUAAUGUUUCCACCUCCAUGUUUGACGGUGGGGAUGGUGUUCUUGGAGUCAUAGGCAGCAUUCCUCCUCCUCCAAACACGACGAGUUGAGUUGAUGCCAAAGAGCUCAAUUUUGGUCUCAUCUGACCACAACACUUUCACCCAGUUCUCCUCUGAAUCAUUCAGAUGUUCAUUGGCAAACUUCAGACGGGCAUGUAUAUGUGCUUUCUUGAGCAGGGGGACCUUGCGGGAGCUGCAGGAUUUCAGUCCUUCACGGCGUAGUGUUACCAAUUGUUUUCUUGGUGACUAUGGUCCCAGCUGCCUUUAGAUCAUUGACAAGAUCCUCCCUUGUAGUUCUGGGCUGAUCCCUCACCGUUCUCAUGAUCAUUGCAACUCCACGAGGUGAGAUCUUGCAUGGAGCCCCAGGCCGAGGGAGACAGUCUUUUGUGUUUCUUCCAUUUGCGAAUAAUCACACCAACUGUUGUCACCUUCUCACCAAGCUGCUUGGCAAUAGUCUUGUAGCCCAUUCCAGCCUUGUGUAGGUCUACAAUUUUGUCCCUGACAUCCUUGGAGAGCUCUUUGGUCUAGGCCAUGGUGGAGAGUUUGGAAUCUGAUUGAUUGAUUGCUUCUGUGGACAGGUGUCUUUUAUACAGGUAACAAGCUGAGAUUAGGAGCACUCCCUUUAAGAGUGUGCUCCUAACCUCAGCUCGUUACCUGUAUAAAAGACACCUGGGAGCCAGAAAUCUUUCUGAUUGAGAUGGGAUCAAAUACUUAUUUCCCUCAUUAAAAUGCAAAUCAAUUUAUAACAUUUUUGACAUGCAUUUUUCUGAAUUUUUUUGUUGUUAUUCUGUCUCUCACUGUUCAAAUAAACCUACCAUUAAAAUUAUAGACUGAUCAUUUCUUUGUCAGUGGGCAAACGUACAAAAUCAGCAGGGGAUCAAAUACUUUUUUCCCUCACUGUAUGUAUACACAGGGCAUGAUGAUGUGUGAACUCUGUAACAAUAAAAUGCACCAUCUUGAUUUCAUAAUGUAUACAGUUGAAGUCGGAAGUUUACAUACACUUAGGUUGGAGUCUUUAAAACGUGUUUUUCAACCUCUCCAAAAAUGUAUUGUUAACAAACUAUGUCGUUUAGGACAUCUACUUUGUGCAUGACACAAUUAAUACAGAAAGAUUAUUUCACUUAUAAUUCACUAUAUCACAAUUCUAGUGGGUCAGAAGUUUACAUACACUAAGUUGACUGUGCCAUUAAACAGCUUGGAAAAUUCCAGAAAAUGAUGUCAUGGCUUUAGAAGCUUCUGAUAGGCUAAUUGACAUAAUUUGAGUCAAUUGGAGGUAUACCUGUGGAUGUAUUUCAAGGCCUACAUUCAAAUUCAGUGCCUCUUUGCUUGACAUCAUGGGAAAAUCUAAAGAAAUCAGCCAAAACCUCAGAAAAAAGUUGCAGACCUCCACAAGUCUGAUUCAUCCAUGGGAGCAAUUUCCAAACGCCUGAAGGUACCACGUUCAUCUGUACAAACAAUAGUACGCAAGUAUAAAUACCAUGGGACCACGCAGCCGUCAUACCGCUCAGGAAGGAGACGCGUUCUGUCUCCUAGAGAUGAACGUACUUUGGUGCGAAAAGUGCAAAUCAAUCCCAGAACAACAGCAAAGGACCUUGUGAAGAUGCUGGAGGAAACAGGUACAAAAGUAUCUAUAUCCACAGUAAAACAAGUCCUAUAUCGACAUAACCUGAAAGGCCACUCAGCAAGGAAGAAGCCACUGCUCCAAAACCCCCAUAAAAAAUGUUUGCAACUGCACAUGGGGACAAAGAUCGUACUUUUUGGAGAAAUGUCCUCUGGUCUGAGGAAACAAAAAUAGAACUGUUUGGCCAUAAUGACCAUCAUUAUGUUUGGAGGAAAAAGGGGAAAGCUUGCAAGCCGAAGAACACCAUCCCAACCGUGAAGCAAGGGGGUGGCAGCAUCAUGCUAUGGGGGUGGUUUGCUGCAGGAGGGACUGGUGCACUUCACAAAAUAGAUGGCAUCAUGAGGAAGGAAAAUUAUGUGGAUAUGUUGAAGCAACAUCUCAAGACAUCAGUCAGGAAGUUAAAGCUUGGUCGCAAAUGGGUCUUCCAAAUGGACAAUGACCCCAAGCAUACUUCCAAAGUUGUGGCAAAAUGGCUUAAGGACAACAAAGUCAAGGUAUUGGAGUGGCCAUCACAAAGCCCUGACCUCAAACCUAUAGAAAAUGUGUGGGCAGCACUGAAAAAGCGUGUGCGAGCAAGGAGGCCUACAAACCUGACUCAGUUACACCAGCUCUGUCAGGAGGAAUGGGCCAAAAUUCACCCAACUUAUUGUGGGAAGCUUGUGGAAGGCUACUCGAAACGUUUGACCCAAGUUAAACCAUUUAAAGGCAAUGCUACCAAAUACUAAUUGAGUGUAUGUAAACUUCUGACCCACUGGGAAUGUGAUGAAAGAAAUAAAAGCUGAAAGAAAUCAUUCUCUCUACUAUUAUUCUGACAUUUCACAUUCUUAAAAUAAAGUGGUGAUCCUAACUGACCUAAGACAGGGAAACAGCUACAAGGAUGCACUUUCAUGCUAGGUUUUGGACCUCAUAUUGUAUCUUAUAGGGACCCCAACUGAUGUACAAAACAAUCUUAAAACUAUCUACAGUACAUUGGUUUAGAUACAAGCAUUAUAAUACAUCUGUGAAAAUCUGUUUUUUGGAUCUAACUUGCUUACCAGUUUUUCCAUGUGGUUUCUUCCUUCAUAGCCUCCAUGAAAUGAUGACCUCUUGUUAAAUAUUUGGUCACAUGAUUCAUGUUGUGUAUGGUUUCCUAGAAACAAACUAACCCUUAUGCUCAAUUUACCCCACUCUCCCCUACCUACAUAAUGAAAUAAUAUAAUCCACUGAAAACACCUUAAAAAUUAUAUGGAUGUGGAGCAUGGAUGAACAGUUGCAGAAGGAACCCGCUGGCUCUCUAUCCUCGUCUAUGACCCAUGACUUGUGAAGACAGAGAAAACAUUGAGUCUUAUCUUUUUAUCAGUGAGAUUACCAGGGGAAAUGAAGACAUUCCAUAGUAGUCCAAUAGGAGACCAGUGGCUGGUGUAUGGAUGGGUUUACUGCAACGGGACACUGCACUGAACAGACCAACUGUGGACUGUAUUAGCCAGUUAACAACACCAUUCUAGUCCCUUUUCCAAAUGAAGCAAGAAAAUUGGCACACAAAUCGUUUUCUUCCAGAAUUGAAGAAAAGCAGAUAUAGAACCAUGUGGCGUAGGUGCUGGCCUAUUUGCAAAUGUGAUGGAUUUAACUCCUCUGAGUCAUCACAGAGUCAGUUAGGCUCUUUUACGGUCUCUCUCAUAAGAUGUUCUUGUUUGCCAUCAUGUUUGCCAACAAGGUACUGCAAUGGUACUUUGCACGAAUAAAGGUUUUGUUAAGAGAUCUUCUGUUUUCCCCUCAUCUGGCUCCUUCUAUGGUGCUUUGGAUAUACCGCCAUCUAGUGGUUAUAAGUGGUAAUAAAGGGGGCAGCAGCAACUAGAUCAAACUACAGUAUAAAGAGAAAAACCAUUGGGCACACCACGUCAUUUCAAAGUAGAUAAUUGGGUAAUAUUUGGUUGAGACAUUGAUCAAUGAGAUUACAACCUAUAUUCACCCACUCAAAAAGACAGCCAAAAGUUAGUUGAAUUUCCAAUGUGUUCUCACUAUGCUUUCAACCAUCCAGGCUCUGUCGUAGCCGGCCGCGACCGGGAGACCCAUGGGGCGGCGCACAAUUAUCCAGUGUCGUCCAGAGUAGGGGAGGGAAAUGGCCGGCAGGGAUGUAGAGCAUGGCGUUUGCAACGCCAGGGUUGUGGGUUCAAUUCCCACGGGGGGCCAGUAUGAAAAAUAAAAUAAUGUAUGCACUCACUAACUGGAAGUCGCUCUGGAUAAGAGCGUCUGCUAAAAUGUAAAAUCUAAAAGCACAACCAAGUUCAAAAGGGAAUACAAUUUCAGAUAUUUGUUUUUAUUUAUUGAACAGAUUCAUGUUUUAUCACUGUGCUUCAUCUAAUAGCAGAACAAAAUGACCUGGAUUGCAGUUGAUAUUACUUUAAAAGUACACGGUGCAAGUGAUCAAUGCCGUUCAAGAUUCUGCGCAUAUUAUUAGAGCAAUUGUGAAGAUCUCCACAGAUCUGCGACAACCUAUGCAUGCUAUCUUGAAUGCGCACGCUUUACAUGAUACUUAAGAAGACAUUGUUACAGUAACCUCGAAAUGUGGCCAUGGAUGUGUUACUAAUUUUAAGGUUGAAAGUUACAUUAGUUUGUAAGACUUUUGUACUGUAAACUUUCCAGUAAUGUACUCUUAAACCAAAGUUUCUUUGGAUUUUACAGUAACAUAUUUUUUUUACAGUAAUUUACAGGUAACUGGCUGUCAAUAAAUUACCGUAAAAACAACAGGAUUAUUUUUACAGUGUAUUUACUAUAUUUCAAAACUAAUAUUGACUUGUGUUUAGUUGACAAAUCAACUAAAUAUCAAUAUUUAAAGGAGAAGUGUCUACUGCUUCGAUAAUUCCAUCUGAGCGACUGGCUUAGUCCCAUUCUUUGACUUUUAUUUUUGGAGUUUAAGAUGUGAAUCCAACAAAUCAUUUCUUAACUUUGUCAACAAGUUAAUAAGCUAUUUAUUGUAUUUCAAAAGUGAUAUUGAAUUGUGUUUGGUUGUCAAUGCAACCAAAUAUCAACAUUUGAAGGAGAUGCAUCUUUUGCUUGGAUAGUUCCAUCCGUCCCACUGACGUAGUCUGGCUUUAAUUCCAGUUUGUCUACAAAAGAAUAAUUGAUAUGUUGGAUUCUCCAGCUCAACCAAAAAUGUAAGUUAAAGAACAAGACUAAAUAAAAUAAAACAUUUAAUGCACUGUUAAUAAAGUUUGAUUUGAUUUAGUCCUAUUCUUUAAUCCAAGCAGAAUAUACUUCUCAGAAUAUAUUUCUCCUAGGCCUAUAUGUAUUGUCUAUUUUUUGUUGAAUCCUGGGUUGAAUUGAAACAAUAGCUGUUGAUGAUUUCACAAAUACUAUAUACAGUAGGCCUACAUAGCAUCAUUGAUGAUAUACUGUAUGAAUGAUAAAUUAUGGUCACAUUUAAUUUGCUCUGUCAAACCUAUCCUACUCUCAACAAUCAUUCUCAUGAUAGCACAUUGGUAAUAGUCAGUGGGCUAAAUUAAAACCCUGGAUGGGAGAGCGAAGGGUAGCUGUAGAUAGAUACAUUCUCAAGUAGGAGGUGCUGCCCAGCCUAUAGUUGUUUUUCUAAUAGUGAAUAUAACGUUGAAGAAUAUAACCUAGAAGAUCUGAUGUUGUUUUAAAGGUUUGUCUAUGUUAAAAUCUGGUUACAAUGAUGAUGGCAUAAUCCUGUGGUUGAGAUUUUACCUUCAAAACAGCCAUUUACAUUGAUGACUUUUUGCAAAUCCGAUGUAUUUUCCACAUAGAUUCCACUUCACAAUACGUGGAAAAAUUAUGUUGAAACAACUUUGAUUCAACCCGUCUUUUCCCAGUGGAAAGUCUUUUUUUCUCUCAGGGAAUGUGACCACACAAUAGAGCUACACCUGAUUAACUGUAAGGUGUUACUACAGUGCCUUGCAAAAGUAUUCAACCCUUGGCAUUUUUCCUAUUAUGUUGCAUUACAACCUGUAAUUUAUAUUGAUUUUUAUUUGGAUUUCAUGUAAUGGACAUACACAAAAUAGUCCAAAUUGGUAAACUGAAAUGAAAAAAAUUAAUAACGGGAAAGUGGUGCGUGCAUAUGUGUUCACCCCAUUUGCUAUGAAGCCCCUAAAUAAGAUCUGGUGCAGCCAAUUACCUUCAGAAUUCACAUAAUUAAUUAAAUAAAGUCCACCUGUGUGCAAUCUAAGUGUCACAUGAUCUGUCACAUGAUCUCAGUAUAUAUACACCUGUUCUGAAAAUCCCCAGAGUCUGCAACACCACUAAGCAAGGGGCACCACCAAGCAAGCGGCACCAUGAAGACCAAGGAACUCUCCAAACAGGUCAGGGACAAAGUUGUGGAGAAGUACAGAUCUUUGAACAUCCCACGGAGCACCAUUAAAUCCAAUAUAAAAACAUUGAAAGAAUAUGGCACCACAACAAACCUGCCAAGAGAGGGCCGCCCACCACAACUCAUGGACCAGGCAAGGGCAUUAAUCAGAGAGGCAACAAAGAGAACAAAGAUAACCCUGAAGGAGCUGCAAAGCUCCACAGCAGAGAUUGGAGUAUCUGUCCAUAGGACCACUUUAUGCUGUACACUCCACAGAGCUGGGCUUUACGGAAGAGUGACCAGAAAAAAAGCCAUCGCUUAAAGUAAAAAAUAAGCAAACACGUUUGGUGUUCGCCAAAAGGCAUGUGGGAGACUCCCCAAACAUAUGGAAGAAGAUACUCUGGUCAGAUGAGACUAAAAUUUAGCUUUUUGGCCAUCAAGGAAAACUCUAUAUCUGGCACAAACCCAACACCUCUCAUCACCCCGAGUACACCAUCCCUACAGUGAAGCAUGGUGGUGGCAGCAUCAUGCUGUGUUUUUCAUCGUCAGGGACUGGGAAACUGGUCAGAAUUGAAGGAACGAUGGAUGGCGCUAAAUACAGGGAAAUUCUUGAGGGAAACCUGUUUCAGUCUUCCAGAGAUUUGAGACUGGGACGGAGGUUCACCUUCCAGCAGGACAAUGACCCUAUGCAUACUGCUAAAGCAACACUCGAGUGGUUUAAGGGGAAACAUUUAAAUGUAUUAGAAUGGCCUAGUCAAAGCCCAGACCUCAAUCCAAUUGAGAAUCUGUGGUAUGACUUAAAGAUUGCUGUACACCAGCGGAACCCAUCCAGGUGGCUCUACAAAGUAUUGACUUUGGGGGGGGUGAAUAGUUAUGCAUGCUAAAGUUUUCAGUUUUUUUUUGGUCUUAUUUCUUGUUUGUUUCACAAUAAAAAAUAUUUUGCAUCUUCAAAGUGGUAGGCAUGUUGUGUAACUCAAAUGAUACAAACCUCCAAAAAAUCCAUUUUAAUUCCAGGUUGUAAGGCAACAAAAUAGGAAAAAUGCCAAGGGGGGUGAAUACUUUCGCAAGUCACUUUAUGUGGUCAAGUUUCCCACACAAGAUGUGAAAGAAGAAACCAAAGUUAAACAGAGAGAAGAAGGAGAGGGAAUUUUGCAUGUAAAGACUUACACUUCUGAUAUUUGAAGUAUUUGGCGCUGUGAUUAUUUCUCCAAGGGCUUCAGUAGAAUAUAAUAGAACAAACCUAUCCAUUUGCCAUGGUUUGCUGCAGAGCAGCGCCCCUAAAGUGGGUUGGGGGCUAAGUGCGGCUAAGUGCCUUGCUCAAGCAGUGGGUAGGACCUUCGUAUAUUGAGUUGUCUGGAUGGGGUGUCUUCUAGGCCUCUAUGCUUCUAGGCUCUCCCUAGUAACAUCCAUUAGAUCUACACCUUCACUAUACCCCAAACCUAACCCUACCCUAACCUUGCUUGCAGCCCAUCCUUGAGUAACAUCCACUGUCCAAAUGUUGAAAUGAUUUCUGUUGAUGCAGUGUCUUUGCUCCUAAAUAUUGGAGUAAACAAUUUUGUGGUGUCAGCCGUGUUUCACGAGGAACCAAAACCACAAAAAAAGGAAACAGGCCCAAAAUGCGACCCUGCUGCAACCAACACAACUGAUGAUGUGUGCAGAUAAAGCACACUGUGUCACCUGAUUAUGUGUGUGUGUUUGUUGCGUGUGUGUCUGUGUGUGUGUGUGUGUGUGGUGUGGUGGUGUGUGUGUGUGUGUGUGUGUGUGUGUGUGUGUGUGUGUGUGUGUGUGUGUGUGUGUGUGUGUGUGUGUGUGUGUGUGUGUGUGUGUGUGUGUGUGUGACAGUGCAGUAGGGGGUUUAAUUGUGAGACAACAGUGCAGUCAUGUGUAGUGUGUUUCAGUUGUUGAGCAGAGCCUGUUGAAGGUAUAGAAGGUGGUGUGGUUAGUCACUGUGUGCACAGCUAGACACACUCAUGGAGUCAUACAUUUCCUGUUGCUGGCUAGUGCUCUACCUUUUCUUUGGUAAGAUCUUCAUCGUAGUAGUCUAAUAAACAGUCAAAUGAAAGACUAAUUUGAUAUAAUCGCUUUCACCAUUGUAGGCGGUGCUUCUACAGUAACCAUCCGAGGCUAUGUCGGUGACGUUGUGACCCUAACAUGUAAGUAUGAUGCCCAGUAUUAUGGUCCGCUCUCUGUCUGCUGGGGUCGUGGUCACAUCCCCAACAGCGGCUGUGACAAUGAGGUCAUCAGGACGGAGGGGGUCAAAGUGACCCACAGUGCUUCGGUCCGGUAUCAUCUCCAGGGUGAUCUGAGGGCAGGGGACGUCUCUCUGACCAUCAUCCAAGCACAGAUGAAGGAUUCUGGGAUAUACGGCUGCCGUGUGGACAUACCUGGAUGGUUUAAUGACCAGAAACACCAUCUGGCACUCGACAUCCAGCCCGGUGAGAGAACAAGGGUGCAUUUAAGCCAUUUAGUCAUUUAGACAGUCAUUUCAUCAGAUUAAAAGUUUACUGAAAACUUUCUGUAGAACAGGGAAGGCUAUCUAUGCAAUGUCAACAAGACUAUCUUGACCAUCAUCUAUACUUAUCUAUAGGGGAGAGUGGGGGGUAAGUUGAGCUACCCUUGAUUCUAGGAAACCAUACACAAAAUGUGACCAAAUAUUUAGGACGAGGUCAUCAUUUCAUGGAGUCUGUGAUGGAAGAAAUUACAUGGAAAAGUGGUAAGCAAGUUAGGUCCCCCCCCCCAAAAAAAAAUGUCACCAAAUGAAUUUAUUGUGUUAGAGGUUUCAUGAUAUCUUUGUUAGAAAUAAUUCUAUAUUUCCCUUGAGUGAUGCUGAAUGUAAACAAUUGCUCAACGUACCCCACUCUUCCCUACAUCAAAUUCAAUCAGUCCAUUUGAAUCUAUUUCAGCUCCUGACACAACCCCUGAACCGUGGAUCCCUGGAGAGAGCACAACAGUUGGCUACCCAGAAGGUAUUACGUUUACAAUCGCUAUUAGUUUGUGUUAAAUGCAGUGGUGGAAAAAGUACCCCAUUUUCAUACUUGAGUGAAAGUAAAGAUACCUUAAUAGAAAAUGACUCAAGUAAAAAUUACACAAUUUUCCUGUCCUGCUAAGCCUUCAAAAUGUAAAGAGUACUUUUGGGUGUCAGAGAAAAUGUAUGACGUAAUUUCAUCUAUUUGUCAGAACAAACCACAACAAUGCAGACAACGAUGGUUUUAACAGGUAAAAUCAAAUCACCUACUCUAUUAUAUUACAUCCUGUAUCACUUUACAAGGUACCAUCUAGAAAGAUAUCUCUAAUAACUCAGAUAACUGGGUUGUCUCCAGUACCUCCAGACCCUCCCACUGUGGCAAUCCGAGAAAUAUCAGCCAGGUCCAUCUCUGUAUGGUGGAGCGCUGGCUUCGAUGGAAACACCCCCAUCACAGGUUACCACCUGGAAUGCAAGAGCCAAACUGGUAAAACAGAAAUAACAAAACUUAAACUUCCUAAUAGCUUGAAUGAAUGGGUGCUACCAAUAGUAAACGUAAUACAAUUUGAAUGUUUACUCACUCUGUAUGAUUUCUUCGUAAUUUUUGCUAACAGACUCCUGGGUAGAUGCAGUACGAGGCAGCAAUGUUCUGCCUUGGGAGAGAGAGACUGCUAUCAAUGACCUGCGACCCUUUUCCACCUACAACAUCCGCAUGUUCACCAAGAACAACAUGGGCUUGAGUAAACCUAGCAAUGUGCUCACCAUCACCACUAAGGAUGCAGGUAUAUCAAACAACCUGAGGCUAAAUGCCAAAUGAGAUUUGCCUACAGUAAUUAUAGCAAUCCGCCUCUGUCACUAUCUCUGUCAUCUCUCUGUCACUUCGAACUAAGCAAAUGUCAUAAUUUGUAAAGUAUCUGAAAAAUAUGUUCUCCCUCUAGCCCCUGAUGGUCCCCCACAGGAUGUGAAGCUUCAAGCCCUGUCUUCCCAUAGCAUCAAAAUCACAUGGAGGGUACCUUUGCUCUUUUGACCUGUUUUUAACGGAGUCCAGCCCAACAUUUACAUGCCACAAUUUAUUGGUCUUUUAUUUGGUCAAUUGUCUUGUCCUCUUCCCCGUGCAGGCCCCUGAGUUGUCCCUCCAGAACGGGCUGAUCCGGGGCUACCAGCUCCGCUACAGUGAGUACAGUCCCCAUGAACGGCUUCCUGUCAGGGUGGUGCAUCUGAUGGACGGAGCAGAGAGCUUCACCAUGAACAACCUGCAGGAGGCGACAGAGUACAGUGUGACGCUGCACACUAUCAACAAUGCAGGCCUGGGGCCGUCUUCACAGGAGCUUGUCUGCUCCACUCUGACUAAUGGUGAGGAGAGGUUUUCAAUGGUUAGCUUUUGUGAAGUGAAGUGGAAUUACGACUCUCCCCAUAGUUAUUCAAGUAAGGAAAACUCACACAUGAAUUGGUUAUGUGCAUGUAUUCAACUACCAAUAUUCUUAUCUUCUUUGUCAGAUGAUCAGCAGCAUAUGACAACAACUCAAGCAACAACAGAAGUUCAGACAGGUAAUAACCUGAUUCCAACAAUUUAUUGGGAGAGAUUUUAACUAUGAGAAAAUGAAACUGCAGUUGAGUAUAGGCUACUUGCCACUAGGUGCUAUUGAUCAUGUUUACCUGUAAUGUCUUUCAAGAACAUUCAACCUCAACCAUUGCGACAACAACUUCUUCAACUGAGACAUGGCUGCUUGUCACUGACAGUCCCACUCAAGGUAGGCUAUUGUGUUACUUUUCACAGUGCAUAAUUAUACAACCCAAAGCACAACUCCUCUAUUCUGCAAAAUAGUAAACACAUAUCCACUUCCUCUAACAACCGACUCACCAGCGUCUCAUCUCUUUGUCCUGUUUCCUGUACCAUGUAGGUCAGAGGGUAGACGACUUCUCAACUGCAAGUCCACUAAGUAACUCUACUACUGACCCAGUAUUGAGUAAAAAAGUGUGUUCACAUUUCUGUAUUCUGUAUUUGGAUACUUAAAAUGUGCAUUGUUGACAAUAUUAGUAGUACAGUACCAAACUAAUAACUUAUGUUUUUAUUCCAGCUGGGUACUGAGGAACAGAGCGGUCAUCUUGUUGCCAUCCUAGUGCCAGCUCUGGUGGUGGGGCUGCUUGUUGUCAUGGCAAUCAUAUGGCAAUUUAGGCGUGAGUAGGCCUACAGAAUUAUAGAUUAUCAUAUGGAUCACUUUUCAGAUAUUUUUGAUUCUCUCCUAAUCUAUCCCCCUCUCUUUAGGUACAACAUUUAAAAAAGGCAACUGGAAUAUGUAAGUGGUAUCUAAAGUAAUAAAUAUCAAUAUCCCACUUCGUCAUUUGAUCUAUAGUUCUACACGUCCCUCUCUGAUACUAAAUUGUCUCAUCUCUCCCUCAUUCAGACUAUGGAAGAACAACGACUUUCUGUCCUUCGGGGACUCUGAGCCAGCACUGUAGAGACCACUGGGAUGCUAGAAUUCACAUCAAGAUUAUGCAGUAGUCACAGUGGGAUUAACAUAAAGUGUAAGAUGAUACAUAUAUGAUUUCAAAUAUACCAUAGUGAUAGGAAGUGUUACUAAUCAACAGGGGCCUCCCACUGAAUUGAUGUUGAAAGCAUUCUUGUCUUACAAUGGGAUGUGACAUUUGUGUGCACAUGUUAAUAAAUGCUUGCU